UGGAGCGCGGGAGGCCAGUGGGCAGCGGAGCCCCCUGCAUCCUUUGGGGAGGCCAUGGACUCCCUGGUCGAGCCUCGGUGGCCUCCGGGCCUGGAAGUUAUGAAGCCGAAAUUGUCAACAGAAUAUGUCGGAAGACCAACUAUUGCCACAAUGUACCUAUGAAGCCUGAAGAAGCUGGUGUUGUUGACAGAAUGUAUCUGAAGAAAACUAUUGACACAACGUACCUCUGAGGCUGAUAGAAAGUGACAUCAGAGUAUGUCUGAAGAACAGUCAUUGACAAGUACUACCAAUACUGGUAGGAACUGCCUUCAUAGCGAAAAUGAGACAGUAGAUGAUUUGUUGCGGUGUGGAAUUUGCUUUGACUAUUUCAACAUUGCAAUGAUGAUUCCUCAGUGUUCACAUAACUACUGUUCUCUCUGUAUAAGAAAAUUUUUGUCUUAUAAAACACAGUGUCCAACUUGUUGUGUGACGGUCACAGAGCCAGACCUGAAAAAUAACCGUGCAUUGGAUGAACUGGUAAAAAGCUUGAAUUUUGCACGGAAUCAUUUGUUGCAGCUUGCCUCAGAGUCACCACCCAUUUCUCCUGCUUCCUCCUCUUCAAAGAAUAUUGCUGCCAAAGCCCAUAUUCCUGUAGCCUUCAAACAGCCUUUAAAGCAAGGAAGCAGGUUAAUGGAGAAUUUCUUGAUCAGAGAAACUAGUGGUUCUACAUCAGAGUUGAUAAAUGAGAAUGAAAGCAAAGUCAACCCUCAGAAGGAGGUGAGCAGUUCUGCAAAGACCAAAGAGACACCUUCUUUAGAAAGGACAGCUUCGUGUAUCGCAGGUGCUAAUGUUCCUGAGGCACCCUCUACAUCGACUUUGAAACAAGUUACUAAAGUGGAAUGUCCUGUGUGCGGGGUUGGUAUUCCAGAAGAUCAUAUCAAUAAGCACUUGGAUAGCUGUUUAUCCCGUGAAGAGAAGAAGGAGAGCCUCAGAAGUUCUGGUCACAAAAGGAAGCCGCUGCCCAAAACUGUAUAUAAUUUGCUAUCAGAUCGUGAUUUAAAGAAAAAGCUAAAACAGCAUGGAUUAUCUAUUCAAGGAAAUAAACAACAGCUCAUUAAAAGGCACCAAGAAUUUGUUCACAUGUAUAAUGCCCAGUGUGAUGCUUUGCAUCCUAAAUCAGCUGCUGAAAUAGUUCAAGAACUUGAAAAUAUGGAGAAGACUAGGAUGCGUCUUGAAGCUAGUAAACUCAAUGAAAGAAUAAUGGUUUUUACGAAGGACCAAACAGAAAAGGAAAUAGAUGAAAUCCACAGUAAAUACCGUAAAAAACAUCAGAAUGAAUUUCAGCUUCUGGUGGAUCAGGCCAAAAAAGGAUACAAGAAAACUGUUGAAAUGUCAAAAAAGGAUACAAGAAAACUGUUGAAAUGUCAAAAAGAAGAUGAAUCUACAAAAAUGCUGUUCCCUGUAUGCCUGGAACAGGAAGAUAAUAAAAUGAAAUUACCAGAUAUACCUUCAGUAAUAAACCACUUCCCUCAGCCAAAGCUGGACUCCCCAGGGAUACGCGAGCCCGAUGGACCUGAUGAUUCUUCCAGCUGUACUGAUAUUCAAGAAGAUGCUCUUUCUUCAUCCGAAUCAGAUUCAUUCAAUAGUUCCAGUUCGGACAUCAUAAGAGAUAUUCUUGAAGAAGAGGAAGCCUGGGAAGCAUCACAUAAAAAUGAUCUUCAAGACACAGAAACAAGUCCAGCACAGAAUCGUCGGACAAGACCAGAAAGUGCUGAGAUGGAGCCGAGAAAUAAGAGGAAUAGGAACUAGUGUGGCUUUGGCGACUUUACCAGGGCAGUGAUCCGAAUAUGGUACUUUCUGUUGCCAUAUAGAUUUCAUAUUUAUAAUGCCCACAUAAGGGUGUACAUUCUAAAUAUUUUUAAUCAACUUUUCAUUCUUUUCUGUCUUUCUCAGGGGAGGGGGUAGUUACAAAACAUCCUCACUUGGUCAGUUACCUUUUGCUGGGAUAUCUUUCUCUCAAAUACUGACUUCCCAUGUUCACCAGCUUUGCACAGUACACAGGCUUUUUUUGCAAAGGUUUUCUUGUUUGGCUUUGUUUCUAAAUUUCAGAAUGUCCUUAACCCAUUCUCCUUCUCUUCCAUGGAGAAACCCACUUCAGAAAGGAUUCUUCAACCUUUCACCACAGGAGCAGUCGAGGAGUUAAGGCCUCUAUUUCUAGAAAGGCAGAAUGUCAUAACUCACAUCCUUGGUGUCAGCAUCCUUGAUGUGCGUGUGUGUGUGUGUGUGUGUGUGUGUGUGUGUGAGAGUCUGAAUGCCAUCAUGCCCAUUAUGGCAGUUAGUGAUGGUUGUUGCCUGAGUUUAAGGUAGUCAGUUGUUAGACCCAUGUCUUACACGUUAUUCAGAUGUUAGUCACAAACAAUAAAUUAAAAAUAUUGGGCACAGUCUUCAGAAAUGGCAGUGACAAACGGUUAUUGUUAGUCUUUCUUUUCACUUGGGUAAAUUGAAUUUUUAACACUUUGAACUCUAGCCAUUAAAAGAAUGCUGCAAUAAAUGGAUUUUGUAAAUGACUAGACUCUACAUCAAUUUAAAAUCAUGUGCUUGAAACAGUAUGUUGAGUAUAAGCUACAAAUCAUCCAAGGGGUUGGUCAGAAAUGAUCUCUGUGUGAAAUGUGCACCGGUCCCCGUUGCUUCCAGAGUCCCUCAGGCCUCUCUGGCGUCUCAGUCAGUCUUCACCCGCCGCCACCGCCCAGCCCAGAUACAUCAGCUUUCCAGAGACAAGCUAGCGAAUGUGGCAGUGUUAAGACAACAGAUGUAUGAAUGUUCCAGGAUGUUUGUGACUUCCGCUUUCCGGACAGUGUCUCCGUGGACUUUGGCAUUUUGGUAUGCUCUCAGGUUUCUGGGUCAUGUGUGGAAUCUCAUUAUAACUUAGAGUUAAGCGUUUUAACACUUAA